AAACUACAUAAAAAACACAUAAAAACUACAUAAAAAAAUACAUUAAAAAAUACAUAAAAAAAACUUAAUAACAUAUAAACAAAUAGAUAAAUAAAUAGCUUUAAAGCGAAUUUAGCUAAGCUAGCCGUCUCGAACAAUGGUUGUAGUUGUUGCCGCUGCCGACGUUGAGGUUGAAAAAAACAGCAACAGCAGCGGGAGCAGCAGCACCAGAAUUGGAAUCGGGAACCAAAACGUACCGGUACAACCAACGGUUGCCAAUAACAAUCAUACUGAUAACAAGGAGAACACAACGACUAGCCAAGAGGUGGAGGAGGAGCAGCCAGAGCUAGACAACAACAACAUUAAUAAUAAUAACAAUAAUAAUACCAACACUAGCAUCAUGACGGAUGCAGCAGUCAAAGGCAAUGGCAGCGAUGCCCUCAAAGCCAACACAAUGACCAAUACAACGGGUACGGUUACGGUUUCGUCGGGCAUGCCCGUGGCAGUGCCCACCAAAAGUGCUGUCAGCCAAAGGAAUGUGGAUAUUAAAAUCGAAAAGACCAGCAACAUGGAGGCGGCCACACAGCAGUUAACCAAAAAGGUUCUCAAAUUGGAUUUGGGUGGCAAGAAUCUCGAUGAAUACUCCUUGAAGUCGCCCAAGUCGCCCAUAGCUGCACGUUUGCCUCAUCAAACAUCGCUGACGUCGUCGGUGGAUGUGGAGGACCGGAAGACAUUACGAGAGGCCUUAUACCAGGGUAUAUUCCACCGACAUCGCCGCACCAUCUUUGCCGUUGGCAGCUUUCUGCGAAUGCUGCGAAGCCGAAAUUCACAAUACAAUACGAUACGCAGCUCCUCGGAGGGCGAGGAUAUCGAUGAGAAGCAGCAACAGCAGCUGGAGCAGCAACAGCAGCUAGAGCAGCAACAGCAGCUAGAGCAGCUAGAGGAGCAUCAACAUGACCAGCCUCUGACCCUGCCACAAGAGCAAGAAGUAGCCACCACAUCGUCAUCCACCUCAUCCGGACAGCAGCGACAAUCGGAAUCGUUUUAGAAGGCCUAGCUGCUUGCUUUGAAUUUCAAUUUGAAUUUCAAUUUAAAUUAGAGGACAUUCGCGUAUUAUUAAAUGCUAUUUUACGAUUAUCAUUACCAUAUAAUCAUAUUUUUUUUUUUUACAACUACAGAAUUUCCAUAGCUUUGGUAUGAUUUUCCAUAUUAGUUUCAGUUUUAAAGCUGAAGCUACUGCUUAGUCGUAGGAAAAUUAUACUUAUGGAAUAUAUACUUUGCAAAAUUUAACUAUAGAAAUAGAAAGUGAUAGGAACUUGAUUAACAGGGGGAUAUACAUGGGAUAUACAACUUUAAUUUUAAAAAUUUUUAUUUUUAAUUUUAAAAUUUUUUUAGUUUUUUAAUUUAUAAUUUUUAAAAAUUGUAUUUUUAAUUAAAAAAAUUUUUUAAUAAUAGUUUUUGUUUUUGAAUUUCCAACGUGAAACUCAAAGAUCGGGGUACUUUAUGCCAUAGACCCACCAUUUUGUUAAAUAUUGUGUAUAAAACUUUUUUUUUAUCAUCUUCAAUUUCCCUUUUAAUUAUCUUCACAACGAUUUCUUGAUUAUUUUUAACAAAAUUUAAAAUUUUAUCAAACAUUUCGAACGUUUACAUGUAUGUAUAUCCCCCUCAUGACAGGCAUUAGAAUAUGGAUAUAUGUAUAUAUAUAAUAUAUUAUAUACAUAUAUCAUAUAUUAUAUAUUAUAUGUAUAUAUAUAUAUAUCAUAUACUACAUAUAUUUCUAUAUAAUAUGUAUAAAAGUGGUUAGUAAAUUUUACUUACUACCAAAACAUCGUGCAACCAUGAGACUAGCCACCACCUUGUUGUGUUAGCCCGUAGAGAGCCAUAUUAGUUUCGUAAAAUCCGAUCAAUCGAUUGAUCACCUGCAUUAUCCUCUCUCUGCUGCUUCAUAACAUUCCUGGUUUUUGAAGCAGAUCGCCUUAUCUUAACUGCAACCCACUUAGGCUAAAGCUGAAGCUAAAAUAAAACCCAAAACUAAAGCUAAAACUAAAACUGAAACUAAAUUUAAAACCAAAACCUAAAAACUAAAUUUGAAACUAAACCUAAAACUAAAGUCUAACUGAGCCCAAGCUGAACUUGAAACACUCUUAUUUUGUAUUUGAACUCAGCACUCUUCACUAGUGUCCGUCUGUGUGUUGAAAAAAUAUGUUUUUUAUAAAUAAAAAAAAUAUAUAUUUUGAGUUAAAAAAAAAAACACAAAAAAACUAUUAAAAACUUGAAAAUGCAUGGCUAAGUGAUUAUAGAUUUAAUAUUGAAAAACUAUAUUCUAAAAUUUAACACUAUUUUUUUUUUAUAUUUACAAUCAUUUCAUAAAUUCAUUAAUUAAGAGAGCUUAAAAAUCACUUAAUUAAGUCAUUAAAAAUUAUUAUUAAUGUAAGAGCCUAGACAUUCCAUACCUUAAUUGCAUUUAAAACCUAUACGGAGCUGUGCUGGGUAUCAAAAUAGUCGACUUAAAGUUCGAUUAUACAUUUUUUUUUUAAUUAAACAAUUUUUUUUUUCAAACUGAUUAAUCAGUUAGUUACAAUUUUAAGCAUUUUUCAUUGCAAAGGGAACAAAAACUUAUAAAGCAGCGAAGAAGUUGAAGAAAUGUGUUUUUUUUAAAACGAUGAACAAGUUGAUAUAUUGCGCCUAGACCUUAAUAUAUACAUAGCUAUAUAUAUAGCCACUAUAUGCCACUACUAUAUACAUAUAUGUAUAGGUAGUGUAUAUGGUUAUAGUUAUAGAAUACAUACACACGAUUGUUGUUGUCCCCCAUAUAUUAUAUAUUUAAAAAAACAUGUUAAAUGUAAUUAACUUUGAUUUGCAAAAACCUUAAUUAGUGUAAACUUAAAAAUUAACUAUAAAUAUAUAUUUUAGAGUAUUUUUUGUUUCGUUUGGUAGAGUUUUAGAAAUACAUUUUGUACAGUAAACACAAAAAGACAAGACAGCACACAAAAGACACAAAGAACGAUAUGUAUUUGCUAUAAAACUAUAUAUAUAUAUAUAUAUAUAAAAUGUUUCAAGCGUAGUCACUCUACCAUUUAUUACUCCCAAUUUGAUUUGUCGAUUUUUUUUUUUUUUGGAAACAAUAAAACCCCCUGAAAUGCUAUAAAUCCGAACGAGUGUCUUUCUCUAAUCUUU